AUGGUUCUUCGGGACUACCUGAUAGAACAGCAUGUAGAUCUGGCUUGCGUGACCAAGACAUGGGUGCGGGACGGAGAGACAGUCUGCAAUAAAAGUAUAAGAGGUUCUGACAAAGACCCACAGGGAGGCAGGGGUGAGCCAUGUGGACAUGGUUUCCUGGUGGCAGAAAACGGGGCAGCGUUGGGGAGGUGGCCCCCUGUCCACACAGGAGCACGGCAGGCAGCAGCAUGUCCGACGGGUCGGCCGAUCCCCGUCCCCACGCUUCGCACCGCGGGAUGGAAUUCCCAGGGAUCUGUCGCCACCAUCAUGGUGCUGCAGGAUGAGCCAGGAAAGGGGGCGCCAGGCCAGGCCCUCGCUUCUCUGGAACGGGUCCGGGGGGGUCGUCAGUCUGCAGUCUCUCUGGCGCCCGGUCGAGUUCUUCCGAGGGUUUCUGGUGCGCCCUCAGCCUCCCGGGGGGUGUCGCUGCCGCCGGAGAUCCGCCCAGCCUGGAGAACACGGAGGCUUCGGGCGGUGGGCGCCCCUCGACGGACGAAGGGGCCUCUCCUUCCUUCCCGGGCUCCAGGGAGCUCCCCGCCGGGAGCUGGCAACGGCACGGAAGGAGCGCCCCCUCCCACCCCCUUUCCCCGCCCGGACAGGGGGGCGCCCCCCAGCGGUGGCUUUGAUGAUGAAACUUUGAAACUGCGGCAACUGAAAUUGGAGAACCAGAGAACACUACUAGAGAAGAAGCAGAGGAAAAAACGCCUUGAACCCUUGAUGGUCCAGCCAAAUCCUGAAGCAAAGCAGCACAGGUCAAAGCCUCGAGGCUCUGAGGAGCAGACCCCCUUAGUGGGGCUGCAGGCCCCAGCCCUCACCAAUGUUGUCCUGCAUGGCAUUGAUGGCCCGGCUAUCUUUCUGAAAUCAGAGAUACAAGUCUUGGGAGCCAAGCAGCAGAUAAUCUCAGUUGGAUCAUCGACAACAGAAGAUGACACCAAGCCAGAAAGCACGGAGCAAACUUCAGCCGAUACAACUUCCAAGAUGGAUCUGCAAGGCAUUCUACAGAGACGAGGUAUCUCUGGGAGUAUGAAUUUUGAUGAGGAGGACACAGAUGAAGAGGAAGAAGCCAGAAAACCCUCAGGGUCUCCGUCCCCCUGUUCUGAGCUGGAGAGACAGAGUCCUGCCGUCAGUGAGAAACCUGCAGCCGACUUGGGUGCUUCCUCUGCUGUGCCACCUCAGACAGAUGCACAGCUGGGAGAAAUUGAAAACCUAGAGGAGUUCGUACUGCGCCCUGCACCUCGUGGCAUUACUGCUAAGUGUCGGAUCACGAGAGAUAAGAAGGGGAUAGACCGAGGCCUCUUUCCAACUUACUACAUGCACCUGGAACGAGAUGACAACAGAAAAGUAUUCCUUCUUGCAGGGAGAAAAAGGAAAAAGAGCAAAACAUCAAAUUAUAUAAUUUCAAUUGAUCCAACAGAUUUAUCCAGGGAAGGGGAAAGUUUUGUUGGCAAACUCAGGUCAAAUCUUAUGGGAACUAAAUUUACUGUCUACGAUCAUGGGAUUAAUCCAAUGAAGGCACAGGGGCUUGUGGAAAAAGCACACACCCGACAGGAACUGGCUGCCGUUUGUUAUGAAACCAAUGUAUUAGGAUUCAAGGGACCCAGGAAAAUGUCGGUCAUCAUUCCAGGAAUGAAUCUAAAUCACCAAAGGAUUCCAAUCAGGCCACGAAAUGAACUUGAAAGUUUAUUGUCAAAAUGGCAAAAUAAAAACCUAGAUAACCUGAUAGAGCUACACAACAAGGCUCCCGUGUGGAAUGAUGAUACCCAAUCUUAUGUCUUGAACUUCCAUGGGAGAGUCACCCAGGCCUCAGUGAAGAACUUCCAGAUUGUUCAUGAAAAUGACCCUGACUAUAUUGUGAUGCAGUUUGGUCGUGUUGCUGAAGAUGUGUUCACCCUGGAUUUCAACUAUCCCCUGUGUGCCCUUCAGGCCUUUGCCGUUGGACUCUCCAGCUUCGAUAGCAAGCUAGCGUGUGAAUGAUGGAAAUGAUACUUCCAGCCUUCCAUCUGUUUUUCUUCUUGUGCUAACGUUCAGGCUGUGGUGUGUGUUUGUGUGCAUGUGUGGAGGGUGGCAAGAGACAUACGUGAGGAUACUCAAGGGAAACUACGAGCUUCUUAACCAGAAGCAGACGGGGAGGCACAAUAGCAGCCAGCUGGAGAAUGCUGCCUUUUCCAUAUGUGAGGCUCCAUGAGCACAUUUGAGGAGGAAACAUGGAUUGUCAUUGUUGCAGUUGCAAACGGAGGAGAGGGAGGCUGUUUGUGAGAGAAGGCUCUGUGUCACGUUCUUCCCCUGGAGUAGCCAAGCCCAAAAGAGUCAGAACCCCUGUUGCUGGAAUCCCAUAAACGGAGUUCCGCUGUCUGUUCUGUUGUCCUUCACUGCCUGGCGGUGUGCUUGAUGUUUUGCUAGCCUGUAACAAAAAAUUGUCUCGUUACUCUG